UCUUAGCCAGCUCGGACUCCCGGAACGUUUUCAUACAGUAUCAAGGCAAGGUAUCCGCUAUAAUCGUCAAUUUAUGGCCGAAAACUUGAAUUAAUAAACCAUUCUGCGUAAAAUCAACUUUCUGGAAUCGACGGCAUGCACCGGCCUGCUCAUUCCCCUCGACUUCCGCCAGAACCCAUUCAUCACAUACUCAAAGACCUCGAUAAACCCUCCCUCUCCGCCUGUGCAUUAGUCUCUCGAGACUGGCUUGAGCUCACACGCCCGUACUUGUUCAGAAGGGUCGCCUCCGUUUACUACUUUCCAGGCAACUUGGAAGGGCGCUCGCUACCGUCUCUCGAGUCCAUGGUGCUCCCACUGCCAUUGUGGCGCGACACCUCGAUCGACCAAGUGCCUGGACAGUCGACGUCCGACGGAAUAGGCAUCUAUCGAGACACAUACACUUCUAUCGUGCGCGCGAUCGCAACGUCGUCGUCGUCCCUGCAGACCGUCGUCUUGGAGUUAUUCCUGUAUGGCACACCAUUCUAUGUUCAUCGGACAGGGUCUUUUCUGCGAGAUUUCCGGUAUCUAGAGGAGCUCGAAGAGGCAUGCGUGCGCAAGGGAAUCCGCGACCUCGAGAUCCACGCCGGCCCGGGGCACGUAUUUUCCGAACGCGACAGGCAGCGGUUUAUGGGAGUGUUGCCUAAACUUUUGGCAAGAGAGGUGCUGCGAUUGCUGUAUUAGACCAGGCGGGGGGGGGGGGGGGGGGGCGGAAAGUAGGCCGUGUAAAGCUGUAUAGUAUGAUGCGCUCGGUUAGAAUAAGGACACAUUUUGAUGCAACGAAGUCAUUAUCUCUGGGGUUGCAAUCUUCUUCUAGAGCUGGAUUUGAUUAGUAGCACUUGUAUGAAUACGAUCAUCGCCAGGGCAAUAUG